AUGAUAAUGCAUUUGACUUCGGAUUUAAUGUUAGAGGAGAAUCAUCAUGAAUAUCAGUCAACUGUCUUGGAUCCUUUAAUUGAAGAUCAGAUGUCGACGGGCGAUCCAAUUGCUGAUGAUAAUCCGUGCUCAGCGGAAGAGCAGUCGCCGAUGAUGGAAUUGAUCUUGGUAGUGCAUCUCGUGGCAUCGGACGUUCGGAAAGUAAUUGAGAAUCCGAUCUUAGUCUUGGGUCCUUUAAUUGAAUAUCAGAUGUCGACGGGCGAUCCAGUUGCUGAUGAUGUUCCGUGCUCAGCUGAAGAGCAGCCGCCGAUGAUGGAAUUGAUCUUGGUAGUGCAUCUCGUGGCAUCGGACGUUCGGAAAGUAAUUGAGAAUCCGAUCUUAGUCUUGGGUCCUUUAAUUGAAUAUCAGAUGUCGACGGGCGAUCCAGUUGCUGAUGAUGUUCCGUGCUCAGCUGAAGAGCAGCCGCCGAUGAUGGAAUUGAUCUUGGUAGUGCAUCUCGUGGCAUCGGACGUUCGGAAAGUAAUUGAGAAUCCGAUCUUAGUCUUGGGUCCUUUAAUUGAAUAUCAGAUGUCGACGGGCGAUCCAGUUGCUGAUGAUGUUCCGUGCUCAGGUGAAGAGCAGCCGCCGAUGAUGGAAUUGAUCUUGGUAGUGCAUCUCGUGGCAUCGGACGUUCGGAAAGUAAUUGAGAAUCCGAUCUUAGUCUUGGGUCCUUUAAUUGAAUAUCAGAUGUCGACGGGCGAUCCAGUUGCUGAUGAUGUUCCGUGCUCAGCUGAAGAGCAGCCGCCGAUGAUGGAAUUGAUCUUGGUAGUGCAUCUCGUGGCAUCGGACGUUCGGAAAGUAAUUGAGAAUCCGAUCUUAGUCUUGGGUCCUUUAAUUGAAUAUCAGAUGUCGACGGGCGAUCCAGUUGCUGAUGAUGUUCCGUGCUCAGGUGAAGAGCAGCCGCCGAUGAUGGAAUUGAUCUUGGUAGUGCAUCUCGUGGCAUCGGACGUUCGGAAAAUAUCGACGGGCGAUCCAGUUGCUGAUGAUGUUCCGUGCUCAGCUGAAGAGCAGCCGCCGAUGAUGGAAUUGAUCUUGGUAGUGCAUCUCGUGGCAUCGGACGUUCGGAAAGUGAUUGAGAAUCCGAUCUUAGUCUUGGGUCCUUUAAUUGAAGAUCAGAUGUCGACGGGCGAUCCAGUUGCUGAUGAUGUUCCGUGCUCAGGAUAA